AUAAUCAACUACAGUAGUAUCGAAAUUGAACCCGUUAACCCGCGACCCGAAACAAUGACCCGGUCCGUGAAUUUCCCUGUCUUCAUCCUCGCCGUUGCACUCUCCCUCUCUUCUUCUCUCCUCGCCGUCAAACACUCCGAUGUUCCCAAACCAAUCCGCCGUGAGGUUUAUGAAGGAGGUAAGAUAUACGAUAUCAGCCAUCGUUACACGCCGGAGAUUCCAGCUUGGGAAUCUUCGGAGGGAUUGGGAAAGACGUUCUUGCGAUUAGCCGCGAGUAUGAAGAAUGGAUCCUUCGCUAACGUAUCGGAGAUGAAACUAUCUGUUCACUCUGGAACUCACGUUGAUGCUCCAGGUCACUUCUGGGAUAAUUAUUACGACGCUGGUUUUGAUACUGAUUCGCUUGAUCUUCAAGUCUUAAAUGGUCCUGCUUUGUUGGUUGAUGUUCCAAGAGAUAAGAACAUUACUGCUGAGGUAAUGGAAUCGCUUCAUAUUCAAAGAGGAGUUCGUCGUGUGCUCUUUAGAACAUCCAACACUGACAAGCGGCUUAUGUUUAAGAAAGAGUUUGAUUCAAGCUUUGCUGGGUUCAUGACCGAUGGGGCGAAAUGGUUGGUUGAGAACACAGACAUCAAACUUAUUGGGCUUGAUUAUCUUUCCUUUGCUGCUUUUGAGGAAUCACCUGCAACACAUAGGGUUAUACUUAAAGGACGGGAUAUAAUCCCUGUGGAAGCGCUGAAGCUGGAUGGUGUGGAGGUAGGAACAUACUCACUUCAUUGCUUACCGUUGAGAUUGGUUGGAGCGGAAGGAGCACCGACAAGAUGCAUUCUCAUCAAGUGAUUCAGUUCAUAUUCUUCUGUGUAAGUUGUUCAGUAUACCAAACUGAUAAUGAAUAACAUGCUUCAUACUUACAAGGUCUUAGAACCCAUGAAGCAGAUGUGAUGAUUCAAUUGUAAAAGGAAGCAUACCUUUAUAAACGUGUGUAUGUAUGUUUGUAAUUCUGGAAAUAAUAAAAUUAGACUGAAUAU